AUGUGGCGGUUCAUGGCGUACCCUGCGAGCAAAAGUCCGGCGAUCAGAACGCAGACUCGUCUCGAUCAUCUGGGAAACGGAGUAGGACGUCGGAUGCUGCGCGAACCGAGGAGCUAUCCGGGCGUGCUGGUGCACCGAGAGCCGCUGGGGCUCCUCGAAGCAGCGACAAUGUCUUCAGCAGACUUCUUGCAUCUUAUUCCUCUUUGUCUCAAGAGGAAUACAUCAGCUAGUUAUGUGCGCUGCUCCCGGAGCCCCUCUUCUGGAGGGGACUCGGCGGAGCGCCCACGCGCUGCCAAUAUCGCCCCGGUUGAUGUUGUCCCUUCACUGUCCGGCACUGUGAAACUCGGUAGUCUGCACGGCAGGAGAGAAAGUAGCCCCCCAGCGCGUCAAGACUCGCAUCAGAACCUGAUUCUCCAGCGCGCGCCCACGUCCCAUCGGACAGGACGCUCCCUGCCUGGAUCUGCGCUUGAAUCUCUUGAACGGCAAACUGGCAUGUCUCCAUUCUCUUGCGGUGGGCGGUCUGCCGAUAAAUCAGACGACGUGCCGGCACUCAAAGGCGAGUAUCAAUCUUUGACAAUUUCGCCGUCGUCGAUGCAAGGUUCGGCGAGACGGCUGACCGAUCUCACUCAGCGUAUACGACAACAUUCAGGAGAUACAAGUGGAAGACGAUGGUACAGGGGACCUGAAAGAGCAUCUAGUCUUGAUGAGCCGGCUUGUAGAGACUCUCGGCGGAGGCCGGCUUCGCCGUCGGAAUCAGUGUCAUCUGCCGCCUUUUCGGCGUGUUCUGUGGCGGCGGAUGGCGCGCGAAUACCGGCAGACGCUUCUUCUGUCCCUCCGUUGAAUUUGUUUUGGCUCGGUGAAGGCACACACGCUAAAGGGUCUCCCGCUGGUACCGCCAUGAAUCCUGAAGACAAGAAGGCUGAUAUUUAUCGAGCACUGCUUGACUCUGAUGAAGAGGAAUCUAUCCGAGUAGCAACAAAACGUCUUAAAGCUGAAACAGCAGUUGCUGCAUCGUCUUCUUCGCAGUCGAUUUCUGGAUGUGUGAGCUCGCGGAGUGUACGCGAAGAACGCCCAGGUAGACAAUCACCACGAAGUGUCGCUGUCGGCCAGUUUGCUGUCUUGUCUGACAUCGUUAGUAAUAGAAAAAAACGCGUGCCAUUUCCUGGUGAUGAAGAGCCGUCCCGGCAGCCGCAGCUGCCGUCGACUGAUGACUGUCAAAUAGGACUGCGCGAUUUACAAGUGUCGAGAGCGGAAGGAGUGAUGCGGGGUGAGCAGGAUCAUGCAUCCUUUGGCGCACGCGCUGGCGCAUGGGCGACGGAGGCUGAUAUAGAGGACGGCCCCGAUGCUGCGCUGUCGUCGCGCUUCCACCACUUUGACCAGUUUCAUGAACGCGUCCAGAGCAUCCGCGAUCAUCUUGCGGCCUUGGAAGGUGUUAUCGUGCGGUGUCGAUCAACUGAAGCAACUACACUGGAUGCGCCCUCGCCGUUGCACUGUAUGUCGGAAUUGAAGUACUCUGUCGAGUGUCCCAUACUACCCCGCAGUCGGACUGCCGACGAUUCGCCGCACUUUCUCGCAUUGCUUCCUCCUACGUCCAGCAACGGCGGAGGUAUCCCGGCGGGCACGGUGCCCCUGACGACCAAGCACAGAACCUCGACUCACGCCAACAGGCGCACACAAACCCCGCUCACCAGACGAAGCCGACACCUCCACCCUGCCUCCACCCAAGACCUCAACUUACGCGUCCUGACAUCUGCCUCCGCCUGCCAUGACCGCCAUCAAGAAGCCAGCAAAGAAGAUGUGUCUGCGACGACAACACGGGCUGAAACAAAGGCAGCGCCCGAGGCUGCGGCGGGCCCGGAGGCUGCGGACGGUGCGAGGGAGAGCGCGCGCUCUGAGCCCAACGCUGCGGCGACAGCGCCUUGUGACGAGAGCGCAAAGGCCGUGGUGUUUGGACCGAUGACGGACGCUGAGGCGAGGGCAGCGUUCGAGGCUGCGGAGGGCGGGAGGGCGGGCCCGGAGGCUGCGGCCGGCGCCACGGGUGCGUCGGAAGCUGGUGAUGGCGCGGAGGAGAGCGCGCGCUCUGAGCCCAACGCUGAGGCGACAGCGCGUGAUGGGGUGGAGGAGUGUUCGCGGUCUGAGCCCAACGCUGAGGCGGCAGCGCGUUGUGACGAGAGCGCAAGGGCAGUGGAGUUUGGACCGAUGACGGACGCUGAGGCGAGGGCAGCGCCCACGGCUGCGGAGGGCGGGAGGGCGGGCCCGGAGGCUGCGGCCGGCGCCACGGGUGCGUCGGAAGCUGGUGAUGGCGCGGAGGAGAGUGCGCGUUCUGAGCCCAACGCAGAGGCGAAAGCGCAUGAUGGCGCGGAGGAGUGUUCGCCGUCUGAGCCCAAUGCUGCGGCGACAGCGCCUUGUGACGAGAGCGCAAAGGCCGUGGUGUUUGGACCGAUGACGGAGGCUGAGGCGAGGGCAGCGCCCACGGCUGCGGAGGGCGGGAGGGCGGGCCCGGAGGCUGCGGCCGGCGCCACGGGUGCGUCGGACGCUGGUGAUGGCGCGGAGGAGAGUGCGCGUGCUGAGCCCAAAGCAGAGGCGAAAGCGCAUGAUGGCGCGGAGGAGUGUUCGCGGUCUGAGCCCAACGCUGAGGCGACAGCGCGUUGUGACGAGAGCGCAAGGGCAGUGGAGUUUGGACCGAUGACCGAGGCUGAGGCGAGGGCAGCGUUCGAGGCUGCGGAGGGCGGGAGGGCGGGCCCGGAGGCUGCGGACGGUGCGAGGGAGAGUGCGCGUUCUGAGCCCAACGCAGAGGCGAAAGCGCAUGAUGGCGCGGAGGAGUGUUCGCCGUCUGAGCCCAAUGCUGCGGCGACAGCGCCUUGUGACGAGAGCGCAAAGGCCGUGGUGUUUGGACCGAUGACGGAGGCUGAGGCGAGGGCAGCGCCCACGGCUGCGGAGGGCGGGAGGGCGGGCCCGGAGGCUGCGGCCGGCGCCACGGGUGCGUCGGACGCUGGUGAUGGCGCGGAGGAGAGUGCGCGUGCUGAGCCCAAAGCAGAGGCGAAAGCGCAUGAUGGCGCGGAGGAGUGUUCGCGGUCUGAGCCCAACGCUGAGGCGACAGCGCGUUGUGACGAGAGCGCAAGGGCAGUGGAGUUUGGACCGAUGACCGAGGCUGAGGCGAGGGCAGCGUUCGAGGCUGCGGAGGGCGGGAGGGCGGGCCCGGAGGCUGCGGACGGUGCGAGGGAGAGUGCGCGUUCUGAGCCCAACGCAGAGGCGAAAGCGCAUGAUGGCGCGGAGGAGUGUUCGCCGUCUGAGCCCAAUGCUGCGGCGACAGCGCCUUGUGACGAGAGCGCAAGGGCAGUGGAGUUUGGACCGAUGACCGAGGCUGAGGCGAGGGCAGCGGCCUCGGCUGCGGAGGGCGGGAGGGCGGGCCCGGAGGCUGCGGAGGGCGCGAGGGCGGGCCCGGAGGCUGCGGACGGUGCGAGGGAGAGGGCGCGUUCUGAGCCCAACGCAGAGGCGAAAGCGCAUGAUGGCGCGGAGGAGUGUUCGCGGUCUGAGCCCAACGUUGAGGCGACAGCGCGUUGUGACGAGAGCGCAAGGGCAGUGGAGUUUGGAACGAUGACGGAGGCUGAGGCGAGGGCAGCGCUCGAGGCUGCGGAGGGCGGGAGGGCGGGCCCGGAGGCUGCGGCCGGCGCCACGGGUGCGUCGGAAGCUGGUGAUGGCGCGGAGGAGAGUGCGCGUUCUGAGCCCAACGCAGAGGCGAAAGCGCAUGAUGGCGCGGAGGAGUGUUCGCGUUCUGAGCCCAACGCUGAAGCGGCAGCGCGUUGUGACGAGAGCGCAAGGGCAGUGGAGUUUGGACCGAUGACGGACGCUGAGGCGAGGGCAGCGCCCACGGCUGCGGAGGGCGGGAGGGCGGGCCCGGAGGCUGCGGCCGGCGCCACGGGUGCGUCGGAAGCUGGUGAUGGCGCGGAGGAGAGUGCGCGUGCUGAGCCCAAAGCAGAGGCGAAAGCGAAUGAUGGCGCGGAGGAGUGUUCGCGGUCUGAGCCCAACGCUGAGGCGAGAGCGCGUUGUGACGAGAGCGCAAGGGCAGUGGAGUUUGGACCGAUGACCGAGGCUGAGGCGAGGGCAGCGGCCUCGGCUGCGGAGGGCGGGAGGGCGGGCCCGGAGGCUGCGGACGGUGCGAGGGAGAGUGCGCGUUCUGAGCCCAACGCAGAGGCGAAAGCGCAUGAUGGCGCGGAGGAGUGUUCGCGGUCUGAGCCCAACGCUGAGGCGACAGCGCGUUGUGACGAAAGCGCAAGGGCAGUGGUGUUUGGACCGAUGACCGAGGCUGAGGCGAGGGCAGCUCUCGAGGCUGCGGAGGGCGCGAGGGCGGGCCCGGAGGCUGCGGCCGGCGCCACGAGUGCGUCGGAAGCUGGUGAUGGCGCGGAGGAGAGUGCGCGGUCUGAGCCCAACGUUGAGGCGACAGCGCUUUGUGACGAGAGCGCAAGGGCAGUGGAGUUUGGACCGAUGACGGAGGCUGAGGCGAGGGCAGCGGCCUCGGCUGCGGAGGGCGGGAGGGCGGGCCCGGAGGCUGCGGACGGUGCGAGGGAGAGUGCGCGUUCUGAGCCCAACGCAGAGGCGAAAGCGCAUGAUGGCACGGAGGAGUGUUCGCGUUCUGAGCCCAACGCUGAGGCGGCAGGGCGUUGUGACGAGCUCGCCAAGGCCGUGGCGUUUGGACCGAUGACCGAGGCUGAGGCGAGGGCAGCUCUCGAGGCUGCGGAGGGCGGGAGGGCGGGCCCGGAGGCUGCGGCCGGCGCCACGAGUGCGUCGGAAGCUGGUGAUGGCGCGGAGGAGAGUGCGCGUUCUGAGCCCAACGCAGAGGCGACAGCGCUUUGUGACGAGAGCGCAAGGGCAGUGGAGUUUGGACCGAUGACGGAGGCUGAGGCGAGGGCAGCUCUCGAGGCUGCGGAGGGCGCGAGGGCGGGCCCGGAGGCUGCGGCCGGCGCCACGAGUGCGUCGGAAGCUGGUGAUGGCGCGGAGGAGAGUGCGCGUUCUGAGCCCAACGUUGAGGCGACAGCGCCUUGUGACGAGAGCGCAAGGGCAGUGGAGUUUGGACCGAUGACGGAGGCUGAGGCGAGGGCAGCGGCCUCGGCUGCGGAGGGCGCGAGGGCGGGCCCGGAGGCUGCGGACGGUGCGAGGGAGAGCGCGCACUCUGAGCCCAAUGCUGCGGCGGCAGCGCCUUGUGACGAGAGCGCAAGGGCCGUGGCGUUUGGACGGAUGAACGAGGCUGAGGCGAGGGCAGUGCCCGAGGCUGCGGAGGGCGCGAGGGCGGGCCCGGAGGCUGCGGACGGUGCGAGUGAGAGCGCGCACUCUGAGCCCAAUGCUGAGGCGGCAGCGCUUUGUGACGAGAGCGCAAGGGCCGUGGCGUUUGGACGGAUGAACGAGCCUGAGGCGAGGGCAGUGCCCGAGGCUGCGGAGGGCGCGAGGGCGGGCCCGGAGGCUGCGGACGGUGCGAGGGAGAGUGCGCGUUCUGAGCCCAACGCAGAGGCGAAAGCGCAUGAUGGCGCGGAGGAGUGUUCGCGGUCUGAGCCCAACGUUGAGGCGACAGCGCUUUGUGACGAGAGCGCAAGGGCAGUGGAGUUUGGACCGAUGACGGAGGCUGAGGCGAGGGCAGCUCUCGAGGCUGCGGAGGGCGGGAGGGCGGGCCCGGAGGCUGCGGCCGGCGCCACGAGUGCGUCGGAAGCUGGUGAUGGCGCGGAGGAGAGUGCGCGGUCUGAGCCCAACGUUGAGGCGACAGCGCUUUGUGACGAGAGCGCAAGGGCAGUGGAGUUUGGACCGAUGACGGAGGCUGAGGCGAGGGCAGCGUUCGAGGCUGCGGAGGGGGUGCGGGCGGCGCGGGAGGCUGCGUUCGGCGCCUGGGGUGCGUCGCAAGCUGGUGAUGGCGCGGAGGAGAGUGCGCGGUCUGAGCCCAACGUUGAGGCGACAGCGCUUUGUGACGAGAGCGCAAGGGCCGUGGCGUUUGGACGGAUAAACGAGGCUGAGGCGAGGGCAGUGCCCGAGGCUGCGGAGGGCGGGAGGGCGGGCCCGGAGGCUGCGGACGGUGCGAGGGAGAGUGCGCGUUCUGAGCCCAACGCAGAGGCGAAAGCGCAUGAUGGCGCGGAGGAGUGUUCGCGUUCUGAGCCCAACGCUGAGGCGGCAGGGCGUUGUGACGAGCUCGCCAAGGCCGUGGCGCUUGGACCGAUGACCGAGGCUGAGGCGAGGGCAGCUCUCGAGGCUGCGGAGGGCGGGAGGGCGGGCCCGGAGGCUGCGGACGGUGCGAGUGACAGCGCGCGUUCUGAGCCCAACGCAGAGGCGACAGCGCUUUGUGACGAGAGCGCAAGGGCAGUGGAGUUUGGACUGAUGACGGAGGCUGAGGCGAGGGCAGCGGCCUCGGCUGCGGAGGGCGGGAGGGCGGGCCCGGAGGCUGCGGACGGUGCGAGGGAGAGUGCGCGUUCUGAGCCCAACGCAGAGGCGAAAGCGCAUGAUGGCGCGGAGGAGUGUUCGCGUUCUGAGCCCAACGCUGAGGCGGCAGGGCGUUGUGACGAGCUCGCCAAGGCCGUGGCGUUUGGACCGAUGACCGAGGCUGAGGCGAGGGCAGCUCUCGAGGCUGCGGAGGGCGCGAGGGCGGGCCCGGAGGCUGCGGCCGGCGCCACGAGUGCGUCGGAAGCUGGUGAUGGCGCGGAGGAGAGUGCGCGUUCUGAGCCCAACGCAGAGGCGACAGCGCUUUGUGACGAGAGCGCAAGGGCAGUGGAGUUUGGACCGAUGACGGAGGCUGAGGCGAGGGCAGCUCUCGAGGCUGCGGAGGGCGCGAGGGCGGGCCCGGAGGCUGCGGCCGGCGCCACGGGUGCGUCGGAAGCUGGUGAUGGCGCGGAGGAGAGUGCGCGUUCUGAGCCCAACGUUGAGGCGACAGCGCUUUGUGACGAGAGCGCAAGGGCAGUGGAGUUUGGACCGAUGACGGAGGCUGAGGCGAGGGCAGCGGCCUCGGCUGCGGAGGGCGCGAGGGCGGGCCCGGAGGCUGCGGACGGUGCGAGGGAGAGUGCGCGUUCUGAGCCCAACGCAGAGGCGAAAGCGCAUGAUGGCACGGAGGAGUGUUCGCGGUCUGAGCCCAACGUUGAGGCGACAGCGCUUUGUGACGAGAGCGCAAGGGCAGUGGAGUUUGGACCGAUGACGGAGGCUGAGGCGAGGGCAGCUCUCGAGGCUGCGGAGGGCGCGAGGGCGGGCCCGGAGGCUGCGGCCGGCGCCACGAUUGCGUCGGAAGCUGGUGAUGGCGCGGAGGAGAGUGCGCGUUCUGAGCCCAACGCUGAGGCGACAGCGCUUUGUGACGAGAGCGCAAGGGCAGUGGAGUUUGGACCGAUGACGGAGGCUGAGGCGAGGGCAGCGCCCGAGGCUGCGGAGGGCGCGAGGGCGGGCCCGGAGGCUGCGGACGGUGCGAGUGAGAGCGCGCGUUCUGAGCCCAACGCAGAGGCGAAAGCGCAUGAUGGCACGGAGGAGUGUUCGCGGUCUGAGCCCAACGUUGAGGCGACAGCGCUUUGUGACGAGAGCGCAAGGGCCGUGGCGUUUGGACGGAUGAACGAGGCUGAGGCGAGGGCAGUGCCCGAGGCUGCGGACGGCGCGAGGGCGGGCCCGGAGGCUGCGGCCGGCGCCACGGGUGCGUCGGAAGCUGGUGAUGGCGCGGAGGAGAGUGCGCGUUCUGAGCCCAACGUUGAGGCGACAGCGCUUUGUGACGAGAGCGCAAGGGCAGUGGAGUUUGGACCGAUGACGGAGGCUGAGGCGAGGGCAGCGGCCUCGGCUGCGGAGGGCGGGAGGGCGGGCCCGGAGGCUGCGGACGGUGCGAGGGAGAGUGCGCGUUCUGAGCCCAACGCAGAGGCGAAAGCGCAUGAUGGCGCGGAGGAGUGUUCGCGUUCUGAGCCCAACGCUGAGGCGGCAGGGCGUUGUGACGAGCUCGCCAAGGCCGUGGCGUUUGGACCGAUGACCGAGGCUGAGGCGAGGGCAGCUCUCGACGCUGCGGAGGGCGCGGGGGCGGGCCCGGGGGCUGCGGCCGGCGCCACGAGUGCGUCGGAAGCUGGUGAUGGCGCGGAGGAGAGUGCGCGUUCUGAGCCCAACGCAGAGGCGAAAGCGCAUGAUGGCGCGGAGGAGUGUUCGCGUUCUGAGCCCAACGCUGAGGCGACAGCGCGUUGUGACGAGAGCGCAAGGGUAGUGGUGUUUGGACCGAUGACGGCGGCUGAGGCGAGGGCAGCGCCCGAGGCUGCGGAGGGCGCGAGGGCGGGCCCGGAGGCUGCGGACGGUGCGAGUGAGUGCGCGCACUCUGAGCCCAAUGCUGAGGCGACAGCGCGUUGUGACGUGAGUGCAAGGGCAGUGGAGUUUGGACCGAUGACGGAGGCUGAGGCGAGGGCAGCUCUCGAGGCUGCGGAGGGCGCGAGGGCGGGCCCGGAGGCUGCGGAGGGCGCGAGGGCGGGCCCGGAGGCUGCGGCCGGCGCCACGGGUGCGUCGGAAGCUGGUGAUGGCGCGGAGGAGAGCGCGCGUUCUGAGCCCAACGUUGAGGCGACAGCGCUUUGUGACGAGAGCGCAAGGGCAGUGGAGUUUGGACCGAUGACGGAGGCUGAGGCGAGGGCAGCGGUUUCGGCUGCGGAGGGCGGGAGGGCGGGCCCGGAGGCUGCGGACGGUGCGAGGGAGAGUGCGCGUUCUGAGCCCAACGCAGAGGCGAAAGCGCAUGAUGGCGCGGAGGAGUGUUCGCGUUCUGAGCCCAACGCUGAGGCGGCAGGGCGUUGUGACGAGCUCGCCAAGGCCGUGGCGUUUGGACCGAUGACCGAGGCUGAGGCGAGGGCAGCUCUCGAGGCUGCGGAGGGCGCGAGGGCGGGCCCGGAGGCUGCGGCCGGCGCCACGAGUGCGUCGGAAGCUGGUGAUGGCGCGGAGGAGAGUGCGCGUUCUGAGCCCAACGCAGAGGCGACAGCGCUUUGUGACGAGAGCGCAAGGGCAGUGGAGUUUGGACCGAUGACGGAGGCUGAGGCGAGGGCAGCUCUCGAGGCUGCGGAGGGCGCGAGGGCGGGCCCGGAGGCUGCGGCCGGCGCCACGGGUGCGUCGGAAGCUGGUGAUGGCGCGGAGGAGAGUGCGCGUUCUGAGCCCAACGUUGAGGCGACAGCGCUUUGUGACGAGAGCGCAAGGGCAGUGGAGUUUGGACCGAUGACGGAGGCUGAGGCGAGGGCAGCGGCCUCGGCUGCGGAGGGCGGGAGGGCGGGCCCGGAGGCUGCGGACGGUGCGAGGGAGAGUGCGCGUUCUGAGCCCAACGCAGAGGCGAAAGCGCAUGAUGGCACGGAGGAGUGUUCGCGGUCUGAGCCCAACGUUGAGGCGACAGCGCUUUGUGACGAGAGCGCAAGGGCAGUGGAGUUUGGACCGAUGACGGAGGCUGAGGCGAGGGCAGCUCUCGAGGCUGCGGAGGGCGCGAGGGCGGGCCCGGAGGCUGCGGCCGGCGCCACGAGUGCGUCGGAAGCUGGUGAUGGCGCGGAGGAGAGUGCGCGUUCUGAGCCCAACGCAGAGGCGAAAGCGCAUGAUGGCACGGAGGAGUGUUCGCGGUCUGAGCCCAACGUUGAGGCGACAGCGCUUUGUGACGAGAGCGCAAGGGCAGUGGAGUUUGGACCGAUGACGGAGGCUGAGGCGAGGGCAGCUCUCGAGGCUGCGGAGGGCGCGAGGGCGGGCCCGGAGGCUGCGGCCGGCGCCACGAGUGCGUCGGAAGCUGGUGAUGGCGCGGAGGACAGUGCGCGUUCUGAGCCCAACGCAGAGGCGAAAGCGCUUUGUGACGAGAGCGCAAGGGCAGUGGAGUUUGGACCGAUGACGGAGGCUGAGGCGAGGGCAGCGCCCGAGGCUGCGGAGGGCGCGAGGGCGGGCCCGGAGGCUGCGGACGGUGCGAGUGAGAGCGCGCGUUCUGAGCCCAACGCAGAGGCGAAAGCACAUGAUGGCGCGGAGGAGAGUGCGCGUUCUGAGCCCAACGUUGAGGCGGCAGGGCGUUGUGACGAGCUCGCCAAGGCCGUGGCGUUUGGACCGAUGACCGAGGCUGAGGCGAGGGCAGCUCUCGAGGCUGCGGAGGGCGCGAGGGCGGGCCCGGAGGCUGCGGCCGGCGCCACGAGUGCGUCGGAAGCUGGUGAUGGCGCGGAGGAGAGUGCGCGUUCUGAGCCCAACGCAGAGGCGACAGCGCUUUGUGACGAGAGCGCAAGGGCAGUGGAGUUUGGACCGAUGACGGAGGCUGAGGCGAGGGCAGCUCUCGAGGCUGCGGAGGGCGCGAGGGCGGGCCCGGAGGCUGCGGCCGGCGCCACGGGUGCGUCGGAAGCUGGUGAUGGCGCGGAGGAGAGUGCGCGUUCUGAGCCCAACGUUGAGGCGACAGCGCUUUGUGACGAGAGCGCAAGGGCAGUGGAGUUUGGACCGAUGACGGAGGCUGAGGCGAGGGCAGCGGCCUCGGCUGCGGAGGGCGCGAGGGCGGGCCCGGAGGCUGCGGACGGUGCGAGGGAGAGUGCGCGUUCUGAGCCCAACGCAGAGGCGAAAGCGCAUGAUGGCACGGAGGAGUGUUCGCGGUCUGAGCCCAACGUUGAGGCGACAGCGCUUUGUGACGAGAGCGCAAGGGCAGUGGAGUUUGGACCGAUGACGGAGGCUGAGGCGAGGGCAGCUCUCGAGGCUGCGGAGGGCGCGAGGGCGGGCCCGGAGGCUGCGGCCGGCGCCACGAUUGCGUCGGAAGCUGGUGAUGGCGCGGAGGAGAGUGCGCGUUCUGAGCCCAACGCUGAGGCGACAGCGCUUUGUGACGAGAGCGCAAGGGCAGUGGAGUUUGGACCGAUGACGGAGGCUGAGGCGAGGGCAGCGCCCGAGGCUGCGGAGGGCGCGAGGGCGGGCCCGGAGGCUGCGGACGGUGCGAGUGAGAGCGCGCGUUCUGAGCCCAACGCAGAGGCGAAAGCGCAUGAUGGCGCGGAGGAGAGUGCGCGUUCUGAGCCCAACGUUGAGGCGACAGCGCCUUGUGACGAGAGCGCAAGGGCCGUGGCGUUUGGACGGAUGAACGAGGCUGAGGCGAGGGCAGUGCCCGAGGCUGCGGACGGCGCGAGGGCGGGCCCGGAGGCUGCGGACGGUGCGAGGGAGAGUGCGCGUUCUGAGCCCAACGCAGAGGCGAAAGCGCAUGAUGGCACGGAGGAGUGUUCGCGGUCUGAGCCCAACGUUGAGGCGACAGCGCGUUGUGACGAGAGCGCAAGGGCAGUGGAGUUUGGACCGAUGACGGAGGCUGAGGCGAGGGCAGCUCUCGAGGCUGCGGAGGGCGCGAGGGCGGGCCCGGAGGCUGCGGCCGGCGCCACGAGUGCGUCGGAAGCUGGUGAUGGCGCGGAGGAGAGUGCGCGUUCUGAGCCCAACGCAGAGGCGAAAGCGCAUGAUGGCACGGAGGAGUGUUCGCGGUCUGAGCCCAACGUUGAGGCGACAGCGCUUUGUGACGAGAGCGCAAGGGCAGUGGAGUUUGGACCGAUGACGGAGGCUGAGGCGAGGGCAGCUCUCGAGGCUGCGGAGGGCGCGAGGGCGGGCCCGGAGGCUGCGGCCGGCGCCACGAGUGCGUCGGAAGCUGGUGAUGGCGCGGAGGACAGUGCGCGUUCUGAGCCCAACGCAGAGGCGAAAGCGCAUGAUGGCGCGGAGGAGUGUUCGCGUUCUGAGCCCAACGCUGAGGCGACAGCGCGUUGUGACGAGAGCGCAAGGGCAGUGGUGUUUGGACCGAUGACGGCGGCUGAGGCGAGGGCAGCGCCCGAGGCUGCGGAGGGCGCGAGGGCGGGCCCGGAGGCUGCGGACGGUGCGAGUGAGAGCGCGCACUCUGAGCCCAAUGCUGAGGCGGCAGCGCUUUGUGACGGGAGCGCAAGGGCAGUGGAGUUUGGACCGAUGACGGAGGCUGAGGCGAGGGCAGUGCCCGAGGCUGCGGACGGCGCGAGGGCGGGCCCGGAGGCUGCGGACGGUGCGAGGGAGAGUGCGCGUUCUGAGCCCAACGCAGAGGCGAAAGCGCAUGAUGGCACGGAGGAGUGUUCGCGGUCUGAGCCCAACGUUGAGGCGACAGCGCGUUGUGACGAGAGCGCAAGGGCAGUGGUGUUUGGACCGAUGACGGAGGCUGAGGCGAGGGCAGCUCUCGAGGCUGCGGAGGGCGGGAGGGCGGGCCCGGAGGCUGCGGCCGGCGCCACGAGUGCGUCGGAAGCUGGUGAUGGCGCGGAGGAGAGUGCGCGUUCUGAGCCCAACGCAGAGGCGAAAGCGCAUGAUGGCGCGGAGGAGUGUUCGCGUUCUGAGCCCAACGCUGAGGCGACAGCGCGUUGUGACGAGAGCGCAAGGGUAGUGGUGUUUGGACCGAUGACGGCGGCUGAGGCGAGGGCAGCGCCCGAGGCUGCGGAGGGCGCGAGGGCGGGCCCGGAGGCUGCGGACGGUGCGAUGGAGUUUGGACCGAUGACGGAGGCUGAGGCGAGGGCAGCUCUCGAGGCUGCGGAGGGCGCGAGGGCGGGCCCGGAGGCUGCGGAGGGCGCGAGGGCGGGCCCGGAGGCUGCGGCCGGCGCCACGGGUGCGUCGGAAGCUGGUGAUGGCGCGGAGGAGAGCGCGCGUUCUGAGCCCAACGUUGAGGCGACAGCGCGUUGUGACGAGAGCGCAAGGGCAGUGGAGUUUGGACCGAUGACGGAGGCUGAGGCGAGGGCAGCGGCCUCGGCUGCGGAGGGCGGGAGGGCGGGCCCGGAGGCUGCGGACGGUGCGAGGGAGAGUGCGCGUUCUGAGCCCAACGCAGAGGCGAAAGCGCAUGAUGGCGCGGAGGAGUGUUCGCGUUCUGAGCCCAACGCUGAGGCGGCAGGGCGUUGUGACGAGCUCGCCAAGGCCGUGGCGUUUGGACCGAUGACGGAGGCUGAGGCGAGGGCGGCUCUCGAGGCUGCGGAGGGCGCGAGGGCGGGCCCGGAGGCUGCGGAGGGCGCGAGGGCGGGCCCGGAGGCUGCGGCCGGCGCCACGGGUGCGUCGGAAGCUGGUGAUGGCGCGGAGGAGAGCGCGCGUUCUGAGCCCAACGUUGAGGCGACAGCGCGUUGUGACGAGAGCGCAAGGGCAGUGGAGUUUGGACCGAUGACGGAGGCUGAGGCGAGGGCAGCGGCCUCGGCUGCGGAGGGCGGGAGGGCGGGCCCGGAGGCUGCGGACGGUGCGAGGGAGAGUGCGCGUUCUGAGCCCAACGCAGAGGCGAAAGCGCAUGAUGGCGCGGAGGAGUGUUCGCGUUCUGAGCCCAACGCUGAGGCGGCAGGGCGUUGUGACGAGCUCGCCAAGGCCGUGGCGUUUGGACCGAUGACGGAGGCUGAGGCGAGGGCGGCUCUCGAGGCUGCGGAGGGCGCGAGGGCGGGCCCGGAGGCUGCGGCCGGCGCCACGGGUGCGUCGGAAGCUGGUGAUGGCGCGGAGGAGAGUGCGCGUUCUGAGCCCAACGUUGAGGCGACAGCGCUUUGUGACGAGAGCGCAAGGGCAGUGGAGUUUGGACCGAUGACGGAGGCUGAGGCGAGGGCAGCGGCCUCGGCUGCGGAGGGCGCGAGGGCGGGCCCGGAGGCUGCGGACGGUGCGAGGGAGAGUGCGCGUUCUGAGCCCAACGCAGAGGCGAAAGCGCAUGAUGGCACGGAGGAGUGUUCGCGGUCUGAGCCCAACGUUGAGGCGACAGCGCUUUGUGACGAGAGCGCAAGGGCAGUGGAGUUUGGACCGAUGACGGAGGCUGAGGCGAGGGCAGCUCUCGAGGCUGCGGAGGGCGCGAGGGCGGGCCCGGAGGCUGCGGCCGGCGCCACGAUUGCGUCGGAAGCUGGUGAUGGCGCGGAGGAGAGUGCGCGUUCUGAGCCCAACGCUGAGGCGACAGCGCUUUGUGACGAGAGCGCAAGGGCAGUGGAGUUUGGACCGAUGACGGAGGCUGAGGCGAGGGCAGCGCCCGAGGCUGCGGAGGGCGCGAGGGCGGGCCCGGAGGCUGCGGACGGUGCGAGUGAGAGCGCGCGUUCUGAGCCCAACGCAGAGGCGAAAGCACAUGAUGGCGCGGAGGAGUGUUCGCGGUCUGAGCCCAACGUUGAGGCGACAGCGCUUUGUGACGAGAGCGCAAGGGCAGUGGAGUUUGGACCGAUGACGGAGGCUGAGGCGAGGGCAGCUCUCGAGGCUGCGGAGGGCGCGAGGGCGGGCCCGGAGGCUGCGGCCGGCGCCACGAUUGCGUCGGAAGCUGGUGAUGGCGCGGAGGAGAGUGCGCGUUCUGAGCCCAACGCUGAGGCGACAGCGCUUUGUGACGAGAGCGCAAGGGCAGUGGAGUUUGGACCGAUGACGGAGGCUGAGGCGAGGGCAGCGCCCGAGGCUGCGGAGGGCGCGAGGGCGGGCCCGGAGGCUGCGGACGGUGCGAGUGAGAGCGCGCGUUCUGAGCCUAACGCAGAGGCGAAAGCACAUGAUGGCGCGGAGGAGAGUGCGCGUUCUGAGCCCAACGUUGAGGCGACAGCGCCUUGUGACGAGAGCGCAAGGGCCGUGGCGUUUGGACGGAUGAACGAGGCUGAGGCGAGGGCAGUGCCCGAGGCUGCGGACGGCGCGAGGGCGGGCCCGGAGGCUGCGGACGGUGCGAGGGAGAGUGCGCGUUCUGAGCCCAACGCAGAGGCGAAAGCGCAUGAUGGCACGGAGGAGUGUUCGCGGUCUGAGCCCAACGUUGAGGCGACAGCGCGUUGUGACGAGAGCGCAAGGGCAGUGGAGUUUGGACCGAUGACGGAGGCUGAGGCGAGGGCAGCUCUCGAGGCUGCGGAGGGCGGGAGGGCGGGCCCGGAGGCUGCGGCCGGCGCCACGAGUGCGUCGGAAGCUGGUGAUGGCGCGGAGGAGAGUGCGCGUUCUGAGCCCAACGCAGAGGCGAAAGCGCAUGAUGGCACGGAGGAGUGUUCGCGGUCUGAGCCCAACGUUGAGGCGACAGCGCUUUGUGACGACAGCGCAAGGGCAGUGGAGUUUGGACCGAUGACGGAGGCUGAGGCGAGGGCAGCUCUCGAGGCUGCGGAGGGCGCGAGGGCGGGCCCGGAGGCUGCGGACGGUGCGAGGGAGAGUGCGCGUUCUGAGCCCAACGCAGAGGCGAAAGCGCAUGAUGGCACGGAGGAGUGUUCGCGGUCUGAGCCCAACGUUGAGGCGACAGCGCGUUGUGACGAGAGCGCAAGGGCAGUGGUGUUUGGACCGAUGACGGCGGCUGAGGCGAGGGCAGCGCCCGAGGCUGCGGAGGGCGCGAGGGCGGGCCCGGAGGCUGCGGACGGUGCGAGUGAGAGCGCGCACUCUGAGCCCAAUGCUGAGGCGGCAGCGCCUUGUGACGAGAGCGCAGGGGCCGUGGCGUUUGGACGGAUGAACGAGGCUGAGGCGAGGGCAGUGCCCGAGGCUGCGGACGGCGCGAGGGCGGGCCCGGAGGCUGCGGACGGUGCGAGGGAGAGUGCGCGUUCUGAGCCCAACGCAGAGGCGAAAGCGCAUGAUGGCACGGAGGAGUGUUCGCGGUCUGAGCCCAACGUUGAGGCGACAGCGCGUUGUGACGAGAGCGCAAGGGCAGUGGAGUUUGGACCGAUGACGGAGGCUGAGGCGAGGGCAGCUCUCGAGGCUGCGGAGGGCGCGAGGGCGGGCCCGGAGGCUGCGGACGGUGCGAGGGAGAGUGCGCGUUCUGAGCCCAACGCAGAGGCGAAAGCGCAUGAUGGCGCGGAGGAGAGUGCGCGUUCUGAGCCCAACGUUGAGGCGACAGCGCUUUGUGACGAGAGCGCAAGGGCAGUGGAGUUUGGACCGAUGACGGAGGCUGAGGCGAGGGCAGCGGCCUCGGCUGCGGAGGGCGGGAGGGCGGGCCCGGAGGCUGCGGACGGUGCGAGGGAGAGUGCGCGUUCUGAGCCCAACGCAGAGGCGAAAGCGCAUGAUGGCACGGAGGAGUGUUCGCGGUCUGAGCCCAACGUUGAGGCGACAGCGCGUUGUGACGAGAGCGCAAGGGCAGUGGAGUUUGGACCGAUGACGGAGGCUGAGGCGAGGGCAGCUCUCGAGGCUGCGGAGGGCGCGAGGGCGGGCCCGGAGGCUGCGGCCGGCGCCACGAGUGCGUCGGAAGCUGGUGAUGGCGCGGAGGAGAGUGCGCGUUCUGAGCCCAACGUUGAGGCGACAGCGCGUUGUGACGAGAGCGCAAGGGCAGUGGAGUUUGGACCGAUGACGGACGCUGAGGCGAGGGCAGCGUUCGAGUCUGGGGAGGGGGUGCGGGCGGCGCCGGAGGCUGCGUUCGGCGCCUGGGGUGCGUCGCAAGCUGGUGCUGGCGCGGAGGAGAGCGCGCGUUCUGAGCCCAAUGCUGAGGCGGCAGCGCUUUGUGACGAGAGCGCAAGGGCAGUGGAGUUUGGACCGAUGACGGAGGCUGAGGCGAGGGCAGCUCUCGAGGCUGCGGAGGGCGCGAGGGCGGGCCCGGAGGCUGCGGCCGGCGCCACGGGUGCGUCGGAAGCUGGUGAUGGCGCGGAGGAGAGUGCGCGUUCUGAGCCCAACGUUGAGGCGGCAGCGCGUUGUGACGAGAGCGCAAGGGCAGUGGAGUUUGGACCGAUGACGGACGCUGAGGCGAGGGCAGCGGCCUCGGCUGCGGGGGGCGGGAGGGCGGGCCCGGAAGCUGCGGGCGGUGCGAGGGAGAGCGCGCGUUCUGAACCCGACGUUGAGGCGACAGUGCUUUGUGACGAGAGCGGAAGGGCCGUGGCGUUUGGACCGACGACGGAGGCUGAGGCGAGGGCAGCGUUCGAGGCUGCGGAGGGGGUGCGGGCGGCGCCGGAGGCUGCGUCCGGCGCCUGGGGUGCGUCGCAAGCUGGUGAUUUCGCGGAGGAGAGUGCGCGUUCUGAGCCCAACGUUGAGGCGACAGCGCGUUGUGACGAGAGCGCAAGGGCAGUGGAGUUUGGACCGAUGACGGACGCUGAGGCGAGGGCAGCGUUCGAGGCUGCGGAGGGGGUGCGGGCGGCGCCGGAGGCUGCGUUCGGCGCCUGGGGUGCGUCGCAAGCUGGUGAUGGCGCGGAGGAGAGCGCGCGUUCUGAGCCCAACGUUGAGGCGACAGCGCGUUGUGACGAGAGCGCAAGGGCAGUGGAGUUUGGACCGAUGACGGAGGCUGAGGCGAGGGCAGCGGCCUCGGCUGCGGACGGCGGGAGGGCGGGCCCGGAGGCUGCGGAGGGCGGGAGGGCGGGCCCGGAGGCUGCGGACGGUGCGAGGGAGAGUGCGCGUUCUGAGCCCAACGCAGAGGCGAAAGCGCAUGAUGGCGCGGAGGAGUGUUCGCGUUCUGAGCCCAACGCUGAGGCGGCAGGGCGUUGUGACGAGCUCGCCAAGGCCGUGGCGUUUGGACCGAUGACCGAGGCUGAGGCGAGGGCAGCUCUCGAGGCUGCGGAGGGCGCGAGGGCGGGCCCGGGGGCCGCGGACGGUGCGAGGGAGAGUGCGCGUUCUGAGCCCAACAUUGAGGCGACAGCGCGUUGUGACGAGAGCGCAAGGGCAGUGGAGUUUGGACCGAUGACGGAGGCUGAGGCGAGGGCAGCGCCCGAGGCUGCGGAGGGCGCGAGGGCGGGCCCGGAGGCUGCGGCCGGUGCGAGGGAGAGUGCGCGUUCUGAGCCCAACGCAGAGGCGAAAGCGCAUGAUGGCACGGAGGAGUGUUCGCGGUCUGAGCCCAACGUUGAGGCGACAGCGCUUUGUGACGAGCUCGCCAAGGCCGUGGCGUUUGGACCGAUGACCGAGGCUGAGGCGAGGGCAGCUCUCGAGGCUGCGGAGGGCGCGAGGGCGGGCCCGGGGGCCGCGGACGGUGCGAGGGAGAGUGCGCGUUCUGAGCCCAACAUUGAGGCGACAGCGCGUUGUGACGAGAGCGCAAGGGCAGUGGAGUUUGGACCGAUGACGGAGGCUGAGGCGAGGGCAGCUCUCGAGGCUGCGGAGGGCGCGAGGGCGGGCCCGGAGGCUGCGGCCGGCGCCACGAGUGCGUCGGAAGCUGGUGAUGGCGCGGAGGAGAGUGCGCGUUCUGAGCCCAACGUUGAGGCGACAGCGCGUUGUGACGAGAGCGCAAGGGCAGUGGAGUUUGGACCGAUGACGGACGCUGAGGCGAGGGCAGCGUUCGAGUCUGGGGAGGGGGUGCGGGCGGCGCCGGAGGCUGCGUUCGGCGCCUGGGGUGCGUCGCAAGCUGGUGCUGGCGCGGAGGAGAGCGCGCGUUCUGAGCCCAAUGCUGAGGCGGCAGCGCUUUGUGACGAGAGCGCAAGGGCAGUGGAGUUUGGACCGAUGACGGAGGCUGAGGCGAGGGCAGCUCUCGAGGCUGCGGAGGGCGCGAGGGCGGGCCCGGAGGCUGCGGCCGGCGCCACGGGUGCGUCGGAAGCUGGUGAUGGCGCGGAGGAGAGUGCGCGUUCUGAGCCCAACGUUGAGGCGGCAGCGCGUUGUGACGAGAGCGCAAGGGCAGUGGAGUUUGGACCGAUGACGGACGCUGAGGCGAGGGCAGCGGCCUCGGCUGCGGGGGGCGGGAGGGCGGGCCCGGAAGCUGCGGGCGGUGCGAGGGAGAGCGCGCGUUCUGAACCCGACGUUGAGGCGACAGUGCUUUGUGACGAGAGCGGAAGGGCCGUGGCGUUUGGACCGACGACGGAGGCUGAGGCGAGGGCAGCGUUCGAGGCUGCGGAGGGGGUGCGGGCGGCGCCGGAGGCUGCGUCCGGCGCCUGGGGUGCGUCGCAAGCUGGUGAUUUCGCGGAGGAGAGUGCGCGUUCUGAGCCCAACGUUGAGGCGACAGCGCGUUGUGACGAGAGCGCAAGGGCAGUGGAGUUUGGACCGAUGACGGACGCUGAGGCGAGGGCAGCGUUCGAGGCUGCGGAGGGGGUGCGGGCGGCGCCGGAGGCUGCGUUCGGCGCCUGGGGUGCGUCGCAAGCUGGUGAUGGCGCGGAGGAGAGCGCGCGUUCUGAGCCCAACGUUGAGGCGACAGCGCGUUGUGACGAGAGCGCAAGGGCAGUGGAGUUUGGACCGAUGACGGAGGCUGAGGCGAGGGCAGCGGCCUCGGCUGCGGACGGCGGGAGGGCGGGCCCGGAGGCUGCGGAGGGCGGGAGGGCGGGCCCGGAGGCUGCGGACGGUGCGAGGGAGAGUGCGCGUUCUGAGCCCAACGCAGAGGCGAAAGCGCAUGAUGGCGCGGAGGAGUGUUCGCGUUCUGAGCCCAACGCUGAGGCGGCAGGGCGUUGUGACGAGCUCGCCAAGGCCGUGGCGUUUGGACCGAUGACCGAGGCUGAGGCGAGGGCAGCUCUCGAGGCUGCGGAGGGCGCGAGGGCGGGCCCGGGGGCCGCGGACGGUGCGAGGGAGAGUGCGCGUUCUGAGCCCAACAUUGAGGCGACAGCGCGUUGUGACGAGAGCGCAAGGGCAGUGGAGUUUGGACCGAUGACGGAGGCUGAGGCGAGGGCAGCGCCCGAGGCUGCGGAGGGCGCGAGGGCGGGCCCGGAGGCUGCGGCCGGUGCGAGGGAGAGUGCGCGUUCUGAGCCCAACGCAGAGGCGAAAGCGCAUGAUGGCACGGAGGAGUGUUCGCGGUCUGAGCCCAACGUUGAGGCGACAGCGCUUUGUGACGAGAGCGCAAGGGCAGUGGAGUUUGGACCGAUGACGGAGGCUGAGGCGAGGGCAGCUCUCGAGGCUGCGGAGGGCGCGAGGGCGGGCCCGGAGGCUGCGGAGGGCGCGAGGGCGGGCCCGGAGGCUGCGGCCGGCGCCACGAGUGCGUCGGAAGCUGGUGAUGGCGCGGAGGAGAGCGCGCGUUCUGAGCUCAAUGCUGAGGCGGCAGCGCUUUGUGACGAGAGCGCAAGGGCAGUGGAGUUUGGACCGAUGACGGAGGCUGAGGCGAGGGCAGCUCUCGAGGCUGCGGAGGGCGCGAGGGCGGGCCCGGAGGCUGCGGCCGGCGCCACGGGUGCGUCGGAAGCUGGUGAUGGCGCGGAGGAGAGUGCGCGUUCUGAGCCCAACGUUGAGGCGACAGCGCUUUGUGAUGAGAGCGCAAGGGCAGUGGAGUUUGGACCGAUGACGGAGGCUGAGGCGAGGGCAGCUCUCGAGGCUGCGGAGGGCGCGAGGGCGGGCCCGGAGGCUGCGGCCGGCGCCACGGGUGCGUCGGAAGCUGGUGAUGGCGCGGAGGAGAGUGCGCGUUCUGAGCCCAACGCAGAGGCGACAGCGCUUUGUGACGAGAGCGCAAGGGCAGUGGAGUUUGGACCGAUGUCGGAGGCUGAGGCGAGGGCAGCGCCCGAGGCUGCGGUGGGCGCGAGGGCGGCGUCAGAAGCUGUUGAUGGCGCGACGGACACAGCGUGGGUUGGAGGUGUGCGAUCCGUUCAGGAAUCAGCCGGGGACUUGUCGGGGGUAUCAUCCGAGGUAUUUCGUUGUUCGGCGCCUGAUGGUGAGGCAGGUCGAAGGGACGAGUCGUCUGUAUGCGAUUCCCCUCUUUUCUCGGUACGGCAUCUUCCCUCGCUCGGGGGUGCCCGCCGGCAUCCUGUGGUUCCCCCGCUUGAUUUAUACUGGCUCAACGGAGGCAGUUCACGUAUGCGCAUGAACGAAGGCAAGGGGGGCAAGAAGAGGGCAAGAUGCGGUAUUGCAAAUCCUUUCAGAAAGCAGGCGGGCCCAAGUAUCUCUGCGGUGACUGAAGUGCCGAAUACGCUUGCGCCUGACGACCCGGAGGGCAUUAAGGCAGGUAUUGUUGCCUCUCUUUUUGACGACGAUACAUCCGAAGUUGACAGCCUACCUCAGCUUCCCAACGCGGCUGCGUCCCCUGGGUCCAGCGAUCUUUCCGGGCGGCUUCACGGUGCCCAGAGUCCGAGUGCUAAAGCCAGCCUGGAGUCGACCCCGCCGCAGCCGUCUCCGCUUUCAGCACUCCAAGGAAGAAACAUUUCCGCUUCUGCGACGAGAGAAACAAAGAACGACUCCCGGUCGAAGCUGAGCGGAACGAUGGCGUUCUCCACGAUAAAGACGCUUCGUGAUGCCAACGUAGCGGCCACAUCGUCGAAUGUCACUCAACCCCCCCGCUUUCCUGUCUCUCGUGCUGACGAUUCUGGAGCCUCAUCAAGCGCUAGUCAGACUCAAGAGCUGUCCCUCGUGUGGAAAGGUGUUCCUGGCUCAGGCGGAAGGGGAUAUCCUGUCGUCUGCGACUAUAGCGGCGUCACUAAAUCGAUUCCCGCGCACUUUCAGAAUGACAUCUGCUCAAAAGGGGGCGGCGGCGCGCGUAACGCAGAGACCGUCGCUCGAGCCGUGAAUACAGCGUCUGAUGCCAAACAUGAGGUACUCCCCUGGCUGCCGUACCCGAAGCAGUCAACGCCGACUGAAGAGAUGCAGAAGCCAACUGGAGUGACAGCACAUGGUGAACGAGCUACCGUAGUUGCUAGUAGAAGCAGCGAAGAGCAAGGAGAAACGGAUCUGAGCAUGCGAGAGGAGGCGAAAAAUGAAGUGCCCUCUGCACGGCAAGUUCUAACAGCGGAAGAACUCUGCAGCCUCAAGCCAACCGGCGCGAGACCCCCUGAGACAGUUCCCACAAUUCACGACACUAGGGCGCUGGUGUGUGAUGAGGAGGCCUCCGGUGCUGGCAGUGCAGAGCCCGGCUAUCCCGCAGGUGAAGAGCAUAGGAGACGAAACGUGCCUAUUCGGAUGGAGAAGGAAGAGGGGACUGGCAGGAGUAACCUGGCGAGAGACAGAGCAGCUGGUCACGUUGGGGACAAGCAAACGGCGGAGAGAUGUGUGGCUUCGACCCUCAGGGGAGUAGAUGAUGACUUGUUAAAGGAAUCGCACCGCCCACCGACGCAGGGAGGCAGCGCACCUGAUGCAUUCCAGACGUUGACCUCCGAGGGAGUUGCUGACGCCUGCCACAGAUCGCCGAGCCGUACUGAACGACAGAGGGGAAGAGACCUCGGGCAGCAAAUCCGGCAGGAGGGUAAAGCUGAAGUGGAUCGAUCAGGCACCGCACAGGUGUCACAUCACUCUGGUUCUGCUUCUUCUCCGCGCCGGUGGCCCGAUCGCGCGAACGCUUCGGCCAGAGGUGAAGCUCCGGUGGGCAGCACAGCUCCAAGGCCAAUAGUGGAGCCUCUCCAUGAGGAGCGGACAGGUUUGCUUGCAAAGGAUACUGUUGAGGGCGAGUCACCGAGUUCGCAGCUUCUAAAUAAGCACCCUGGCAGCAGCUCCGCGCCGCGGACUGCGCUAGCCGAACUCACCGAACGUACAUCGGGCGCCGCCUCCCUCCGCAAGACUUUCGGAGGAAGGCCGCUCGGAGCCGGGCCUCAACUGGAGGCCGACAAGGACACCAAGUCUAGUAACAGCUGGAGAGAGUGCGGAGCUCUGCUGCCACCGCGCCAGGAGGAGGAGGAGACGUCAAACUUGUCUGAGUCCGUCGCAGAUGGGAAAAAAUCUGCAGCAGCUGUCACUCGUCCCGGAAUUUCUGCGGAAGUAAGGACCUCAGCGCCCGGCGACGCGAAACUUCAGGACCCUGUCAGGAAAGAUCGUCAGGUAGACUCAAAAACGGUGUUGAGUCGACAUACCUGCAGACACGGCCGACUCGCAGUCGGUCCGCCGGCCGCGCAAAUCGUCCGGAGUGAGCCCCUCCGACUCUCUGCUGCCGCGAGCGGGCAUGACAAGCGACGCGGUGGCACCUCGGCACGGACACGGGCGAUUCAGGAAUCUGAAAUAGGAGAGACACAAAAACCUGGGCGUGCGUCGGCGGCAGGUUCUUCACCUCGGCGGAAGCUUUCACCGGCGAUUGAGGGCGUCAAGUCCCCGGAGCGCGUGCUACGCACUGAAAAAGCCAAGACACUUUUGCAGGAGACUCCAACAAAUGUCUCUAGGUCUACUGCCACCAGCGGUGGAGGCCCGAGUUCCCCAUCCACCUUUGGCCUCCGCGGGGUCACGCCGCAGCGGUCGGAUGGAAGCAAAGCGAUGUUUGGUUUCCGCCGAACUACCGCGGAUAUACCCCUUGCAAGCGAAAAAGAUGCGUCUGUGAGUAUAGGUGGGAGCGUAGCUGGCUCUCUACAAAGCAGAAAUAUCAUCCGUCGGACGACACCUGAGAGGAAUGUGGAAGAAACAGGAAGGGGGACGGUUCCCACGGCUGACAAGAGGGCGCCCUCUCUGGCCGGUACCAGAGACCGCACUUUGGGUAAAAGCGCGCGGCCGAGGGAAGGUGGAGAUGUCUCGAAAGUCAGUGACGCCAUCUCGUUUGUCUGUGCACCCAGCAAGGGCGUGCCACAUACGAGGAUGUCCCAGCAGGUGCAGCCGUCUCGCACUUCAGUGCGUCACAGCUACGGCCCUAGCGGUGGCGCACUGCGCUCCGGCCGUGCGGCAAAGGAUGCAGGGGGUAACAGCACGGCUUCAAAGGAGCAGCAGAAAUAUCGGGUGCCAGCAGCUGUUGAGCAAAACGCGGCGCGCCGUCCAGAACACAAUCAUAUCACAGGACAAAUGCAUAUCGCGAAGGGUUUGACUCCGGCAGCAGCCUCCGAAGAACCGAAAGAACAGAGUAGAAGUUGGUCUGCCAGCGUUGGCCUCUCAGAGGAGGUGAUAGCCGCCAAGGCGGUGGGUAGCAAGGACGCGGUACCGGAGGCAAAAGCUCGUUCUGGCGCUGGGAAGUACCAAGUGAGACGGGCAGGACUGCCAGAAACUACGCGUCCUGCCACCCCCGUUUCGAAGGUGAAACCUCUACAACACGCAAUGAAGACUGAAGCCGCAGCUUCUUCAGACGCAGCAGCGAAAGGAAAGGCACUACGUGCGGCAACUGGGUUAUCGGCAUGCGAAGCGCCGCCUCCGACAACAACCGCACGUGGCGGCUCUGUUGGCCGGGACCGGCCGCUGACAGCGGUGAGUGCAGUAGAGGAUCGCUCCGCGUCGAAUGCUAGAGAAUCCGAGGCGAGGCUUCACAGGACAAGGAGACAUGUGGACCAGAGGAAUGCAGCUGCGGUGUUCAGUUCGGAGGGAAAGGCAGCCGCCAGUUCUCGUGAGAGUCACCAGCAAAAUAUGACGCAGAAGCUGCCACCACUGACCUCGUGCCACGGUGAAGCCCGCCGAUCUGCAGGGUUUUCUUCAAAAGAUGCGCAGGUGCCUGUCGAUAAGGCGCGCUGCGCAGGAUCAUCGCAAGAACUGCAAACUGUACCCGGUGGGGCUUUCGCCAAACGGCUACGUGGCACGAGGCUCACAGAGAUUCCGGUGGCUUCCCGCAGCGAGGAGGCGCCAGGGGGUGCAGCCAACUUCGAGGCGAAAUUAAAGGCACCCGAUAUUAAGGCUGGUCACUCCAGCAUUCCACAUCCCAAUCCGGACGAUGCCCACGGUUCAAUGGGGUCUGAGCCAUCGAGGGCGCAGCGGGCGUUUUUCGGUGCAGCGGCGCACGCUCGGAGGUUCCAGUCCCGGAACCGUUUUCAUAAGGAAUCUGGCGCGUCUGAACAGUUGCAGAACGGAGGGGGCAGAGCGGAAAUCGCUACAAAGGUCGUCUCCUCCUUGGAGGUAGAUAUAUUAUCAGCGGGCGCGCGGCCCUUGCUCGAAACCAGGGAUCGCCAACCGGGUCUUAUGUUUGCAGUCGUGGUGGCGUGCAGAGCGAGUCCGUACUUGGGUACGAGCGGCGGCAUGCACACGGGAAAUGAGGAAGUUGGGUCUUUGCGAUGGUAG